UCUUAUUUAUCCCUUCCUACCUUCCCACGACACCCAACAGCUUCCAAACCAAACCAAACCAAACCUGUUUGUUGUUUGUUCCUUUCGUUAGAUGGCGACAAACAGUGUCCAAGGAAAAUGGGAUCAUGUGGAAGAAGAAGAGGAGGAUGAAGAGGAAGAAGCAUUGUCCCUUUCCGAUCUUCCAAUCACCCACGAGGACCAGUCAAGAAAAGAAGACACUCGUGUCAAUAAUGAAACCCAUGAAGAAUUCGAUUUCCACUCAUCAUGGGGUGGUCUCUUUUCCAAAGAAGAACCCGAAAUGUGUGUCGCUGAUGAAGUUUUCUUUCAAGGCCAAAUUCUCCCAUUGCGUCUCUCAUUCAGCUCCGAGGCUGGUUUAUUAACCAACGUUCAACGUGAUGGUAAGAAAUUCAACCGUUGUGAAUCAAGUUCUGAGUCAUUGGACCAUGGUUCUAUAAUAAGUGAGUUUCAGAGCAAUAGUAGUAGAAGCAGUAGUCUUAGAAGCCAAAACUCGUCAAGUAGCACUAGCUCAACAACAACCCCAAGAAUUUCCAAACCCAAUGUUCAAAAUCAAUUUCACACCCACCCAAGUCCAAAACCUCAGUUAAGAGUAUCUGAUCCAAGAAGAGCAAGUUUUGGCAAUCAAAGUAGAAAUAGAAAAUCAUCAGCAUGGGAAAUUUUCCGUUUGGGUGUGGUCCCUACACCUGAGAUAGGAUUGCAAGACCUUAAGGUUCGUAGCACCAAUAGUGCUAACAAAAACUCAGUAAGUCGUAAUAGUAGUAGCAGUAGCAGCAAUAGCACCACAAAAAGUGUCAAAAUGAGUAAGAACUACAAGAGUCAUCAUCAUAGCGAUAAGAGCAAUCAUAUUUUCAAACAGUUUGUUGGCAAAGGCGGUGGUUUAAUGAGUGGUUGUAAUUGUUCUAUUGAAGCGGUGGAAUCGGACAUGGUAAUGAUCAAAGGUGGUACUAAAAGCAUAAAAAAGACAGAAAGUGUAACGCAUGCCGUGAAAGAAAAAGUGGUCGAGUUGAAGAAGCAGAAGCAGAGGCAAAAGCAAGGAAAGAAGGUCAUGUCACGUCGUCGAACGUUUGAAUGGUUAAAGGAGCUUCAUGCUAGCCAUGCUGAUGAAGAGGCUUUGUUAUCAAACCCAUGAAUUGCGUGGUGUGGUCGCAUGCUUGUAGUUUAAUUUUAGAUAAUUAGAUUAGAUUAUUGCCUUUCUGGCUGCUGCUUUUGUUUCUCUUUAAUUUGAAUUAAAUUAUAAUAUUGUAGU